AUGCUGCUGACCGUGCUCUUCGUGGUGCUCACCGUCCUCGGCGUGUGCGGCAACUCGGCCGUGCUCGCCGCCUUCUCGCAAUCGCGCCGCCCGUCUCCCGCCGACCUCGUGGUCAUCGGCAUGUCGGCGUCGCACCUGCUCUCGUCCGUCUUCAAGAACACGCCGUACGUGCUGGCGUCGCUCGACUCGCUGGCGCUCAGCGACGGCGCCUGCAAGGCGCUCCUCUACACCGUCAACGCCCUGCGCUCCUGCAGCCUCGCCUUCACGGUGCUCCUCAGCGCGCUGCAGCUCGCGCGAGUCGAGCCCCGCGGAAGCCCGCGCCUGCGACGCCUCACCGCCGCGCUCUCGCGCCUCCUGUCGGGCCCGCGCGGCGGCGCCGUCGCCGCCGCCGCCCGCCUCGUGGGGGCCACGUGCGCCGUCUGCGCGUUGACGUCGGCGCCGCUGCUGGCGUUCGACGUGCGCUCGCGAGGCGACUGGCGAGCCGGCGGCUUCCUGCACAUCUCGGGCUGCGUCGUGACGCCCUCCGAUGGCGCCGCGGCCUUCGUGGAGGCCUCCAACGUCCUCGACGUGGCGGCGCUGGCCACCCUCCUCGCCGCCAACGCGCUCGUGCUCGGCUUCGUGCUGCGGCACCGGCGGCUGGUGGCGCGGAACCGGGGCUGGGCCGGGGGCGCCGGCAACGCCGCCGCCCUCAACGCGGCCAAGGUGAUCGGGUGCCUCAUGGUCAUGGCGUUCGUCUGCUGGGGCAUCAACGUGUGCAUGCGCUUCACCGUCGUGCAGAGGCUGAGCGCCGAGUGGACGAGCACGCAGGCCGACGUGCGCGCCUUCUUCACCUCCGUCUACUACUCUCUCAGCCCCUUCAUCAUCAUCUUCGGGCGCUCGUCCAUCCGCGGGAAAGUCGCCCGCGCCGUCCGCAGGUGCCCGUGCAUCUGCCCGCACCGCACGCGGGUCUUGCGGCUGGCGGUGGUGGACGGGGGGACGGGCAACAGGGUGUGGCCGGGGGUGGCGGCGCGCUGA